AAAAAUCAAAAAUGUCUCCUGUCUGCUGUCGUUUGACAAGUGUUUUAUUUCAUUUUCAACAGUUUUUGUGCGUAAAGCAAUGCUUAAUUUAGUGAUAUUAGUUGCUAAUUAAUUUAAAACUGUGGAACUUUACUAAGCAGCAGUGUUAAUUAAAAAUACCACUACUGUUGCCGUACGUUGAACGGAUGGACGCUUGUUGUGUCACGCCAGUCGCUAUUUUGCAGUCGUAAUUGGAUCGUGGACGGUGUGGGGAAUACCAAGUGCUACUUUUAAUCGAUGGGCGAUUGAGCGUUUCCGUGGUGUAAUUAUUGGCGGGGUUCGCGUUCCCGCGGUUCGGUGAUUCACUGAGUGGAGAAAACAUUUGUAACCAUGGACACCGAUGAUGGAGAGUCCUCCAGCAGCGGCCCUAUGUCCAGCUUGAACAGCCUUUUCUCAUUUACAAGCCCGGCUGUGAAGAAACUCUUGGGCUGGAAACAGGGUGAUGAAGAAGAAAAAUGGGCUGAAAAGGCAGUGGAUAGUUUGGUUAAGAAACUAAAGAAGCGGAAAGGAGCCAUUGAGGAGCUAGAGCGGGCCCUGUCUUGUCCUGGGACGCCCUCGAAGUGCGUCACCAUACCGCGGUCCCUGGAUGGUCGAUUGCAGGUAUGAGAUGAGUGACUGAGUUUCUUGCGCUGC